GAGGAGGAGGAGAAAGGAAGCAGCCGAAGAAGGAGAAGCCGACGGGGGCCGGGUCGAGGCUCCGAGGGGUGCGGGAGUGACCUGGGGCCGGACCCCUGACCGCAGGCACGCCCCAUGCCAGCCUCCCAGCCCGACAGGCACCCCGGCCCCUGCCCGCCGGCCCUCGGCGCGGGGCCUGCGGCCGAGCCGGAGCGCAGCGAGACCCCGACCUGAGGCGGGCUCGGCGCCACCACAGCCGGGGUGACAGCUCUCCGAGCAGCAUCCCCGCAGGAUGGAACAGAAAACAAUGCUGCGUGACUUCUUCGAAGAGGAGAACCUUACCAGUUCCAGAGAGGAGAGCACUGAAGGUGAUGUGAAGACAUUUUGGAUGCAAUUGGGAGGUAGAAAAGUGGAUAUCAUAUUUGAGCAGAUGCAAAAUGUGCUGUCGUUGCUGAAGGAAAAGAUCAAGAAUGGAACUGCAACAAACCAAGAAUGCUGGCAGGCUUGGGCACUGGUGAAUGAAGCUAAUCUAGGUGAUCUCUUAACCUUGGCAAAUGUAAGUGAUCAGUUGAAUGGAGAUGGUGCACAGGAAACCAAACCCAAACUGCAGCCUCUUCUUCCAGAUGACAACACUGCAGACACUGUAGAAGCUUCUGACAGUGGAAAAGAAGUCAUGGAAGGAACCUGCUCAGGGAGUAAAGAAGCAUCUAGCAAAAUUCAAGGUUUACCUUUAAACAUGCAGUAUCAGAGCCACAAGUGCUCUAGUGCAUGUCUUGCCAAAAAAGCAUUGGGCUCCUAUAGGGGUGAAAAUCCUCUGAAGAUCCCAAUCCUGUUUGACUUUCAAAGACGCCAUGCAAAAGCAGACUGCCUUUCGAAGUCACUGGAUGUGAAUUACAAAGCCCCUUGCGGUCGGAGUCUGAGAAGCUUUCGGGAUGUGCGAAAUUACUUGUUUGAAACAGAGUGCAAUUUCUUAUCUGUUGAUCACUUUUCCUUCAACACAUAUGUGCUGUUGGGCAGGAACACCAUGAAUCCUGAGCCCCUCGUGUUUGAGUUCGAUAUUAGCAACGGAGCCGAGUCUGUGCCUGUCUCCUUCUGUAACAAUCUCGACCAUGCAAGAUUGCCUUAUUUCAAGUAUCGGAAGUCGUCGUGGCCACGUGGGUAUUAUCUCAACAAUUUCUCCAGCCUCUUUGUUGAUUCCUGUGACUGCACAGAUGGCUGCAUUGAUAGGUCAAAAUGUGCAUGCCUACAGCUAACAGCAAGAGGCUGUAGUAAAAUUUCUCUGUCUCCAAAUAGUAAAAGAUCCCGUGGAUACCGUUACAAAAGACUGGAGGGACCUGUUCCUAGUGGGAUUUAUGAGUGUAGUGUGUUGUGCAGGUGUGACAAGCUGAUGUGUCAGAACAGAGUUGUACAGCAUGGCAUUCAAGUCAGGCUGCAAGUGUUCAACACGGAGAAGAAGGGCUGGGGCGUCCGCUGCCUGGAUGACAUCGACAAGGGGACAUUUGUUUGUACUUACUCAGGCAGAUUAAUGAGCAGAGCUGAAGUAUUGGGAGAUGCUGAGCAAGAGCUGAAGGAGAAAAGUGCAGUGGAUGACAGAGGCCAUGACUUUUCUUCCAAAAAAAGAAAACUUGGCUUUGACCGUUCAGACUCAGUGAUUGAACUAGUUCAGGCUGACAAAAAUUACAUUCUUGAGAAUCAGGAAUCUUUAUCUCAGACUGCGGAUAAUGAAAAUAAAUCAGCCCUGGUUCAUCUAAAGAACUCAAGUAAUGCAACUGUGAGAAGGCUUGGAACUAGAACACUUGUUUUUCGCAAUCACCAGCUAAAAAUGGUGCACAGUGCCAGCUCAGAUGAAGAUGAUCGUGCUCAGAUUCAUCAGUCAAGCAAAACAAAACUAACCAGUGGAACAAAGAAAGGAAAAGAAAAAUCUACCCAGCAGCAGAAGGAAGAACAUCUGAUGGAAAUUGGACAGACUGACUCUGCUGGUGUAGAGAGUGCAGGAUGCAAAAGAAAGAGUCUGUCACUGCAGGGUGUUGAUUGUGGCACGUCUAGUGUUCUGGAUGACACAUGCAUUGUGAGGCCAUCCAAAAAUGCACCCCCAAAGGCUGACUGCAAAGAAAAUAGCAGGCAGCCAAAACAAGAUGCACUUUGUAAGGAGUCUGAUGAUGAUGGGAUCCUCCCCAAGAAUGCUAAUGAAGAAAAUAUUUAUGUACUGGAUGCCACAAAAGAAGGCAAUGUGGGUCGUUUUCUAAAUCACAGCUGCUGCCCAAAUCUCUUUGCCCAAAGUGUGUUUGUAGAAACUCACAACAGAAGUUUUCCAUGGGUGGCAUUCUUCACAAACAGACUUGUGAAAGCUGGAACCGAACUCACAUGGGAUUAUGGUUAUGAAGCUGGAAGCAUGCCAGAGACAGAGAUUUCCUGUCACUGUGGAGUUCAGAAGUGCAGGAUAGCUGGGGGUCUCAUCAUUUCGGGGGUCAUUAUUUCUGACAAAGGCUCUGAGUCUUCUUUGUGUUUGCUGUUUGACCUUGCAGUGAACACGGGGCUAGGGAGGGAUUCUAGGAAGCAGGAUAUGGCCUUUCCCAUGGUGGAAGCUCUCGGAGAUGGCUGCCCGACGGCGGCCCGGGGCGGUGCCUGGCGCGGGUAUCGAACCCGGGACCCCUCCGUGACCCCGGCGCUCCCGAACGCGCCGCCCUUAUCAGGUGACGGGGGCCUCAGCGGCGCGCCUUCCCGCCAGCCGCGCGAGGGCCGCAGCCAAUCAGCGCCGCGAGGGUGCGCGGGGCGGAGCAUCGGCCUGCGCCACUGCGCGUGCUCACCCAGCCAAUCAGCGCCGCGAAGGUGCGCGGGGCGGAGCAUCGGCCUGCGCCACUGCGCGUGCUCAGUGCCCCGGCCGGGCACGCCCACUUCCCGUCAUUUGUUCUGCCAUGAGCGGGGGGCAGCAGAAGGGCCCCCAAAUCUUACAGCUGAAUUAGGCCCCCUGGGUUCCCUGUGUUUUCCUGCUCUAGGUGCUUUCUGGAUAAUGGCGAAGAUGGUGAGAAGAACAUGUGCAUUUUGUGCAGAAGGGGAGGCUUGCUCUGUGAUGUAUAUUGCCACAGAGAGUGAUAUUGCAGCUCAUCAGGAUUGUCUGUUAUUUUCCUCAGGAUUUGUGGAAUCUGAAGAUCAUAACCCAGAAAAUCUGGGAAUAAGGUUUGAUGUGAAAUCAGUGGUAAAAGAGCUCAAGAGAGGAAAGCGGCUGAUGUGCAGCUUCUGCCAGAAGAAGGGGGCCACGGUGGGCUGCGAGGAGCGCGCGUGCCGCCGGAGCUACCACUACUUCUGCGCGCUGUGCGACGACGCGGCCGUGGAGACCGACCAGGCCAACGGCGUCUACCGAGUGUUCUGCCCAAAACAUGACCCAGGGAAUAGGACCAAUCACUAUGAUGCAGCUAAGAAGAAAAGAAGACGUACAAUGGCAUCUCCCACCACCACAGAAGAAAUGAGUACAGAAGAGACAGCAGAAGAAAACCAUUUACGAAUACUAAAAAGAAAAAACAACAGGCAUAAAGGUGAGACUCACUUUGAUACCAGAAGAGUUAAUUCAGUUUUUACUGUGCCUGUGAAACUUUUAGCAGAGAAACAAGGCAUGCAAACGCUGCUCCUCCAGCAAGGACAGUGGGAAGUGCGAAUAGAAUUUGUUAGGAAGUGCAAACAAGCUGGGCUUCUGGAUGACAUAUUUGAAGAAAUGCUGGACACACUUCACCUGGCUCAGGAAAAACUGAUGGAUGACAACACUUCAGAAACAGAGUAUGAAGAGACAGUGAUGGCACUAUUUGACUGUGGACUGUUUGAAAAUAUAUUGACAAAUGUUUAUUCAGGAACAGAAGAAAAAAUCCAAAAACUUCUGGAAAAUAGAAAAAUCUUGGAUCACAAGAUUGAGCUGCUGCAGGACUUAAAAGAAGUCAUCCUUCCUACUCCAGAGAACAUCGCCAGUACAUCCAGUACGGUGUCUGAAUAACCUCUGUCUGUGAUGGUGCAAUUCUUAGGAUUUUCUAAUGAUAAAAACCAUAGAGCAGUCUGGUCAGUGCCCAAUUCCCCAGCCCCAAGAUGGGUGCGGAAUGAGGCAUUAUACUCAUUUUUAUACCUCACUGUUACAAUAAUUUGAAGUUCUUCAAGUUUUCAAAUCUUCAGAUUUUUCCCUGGUAGUGUUCAGCUGCCACAGAACACUACCUAAAGUCACUUUAAGUAUGGGAACCCUCUCCUGGCUGGGCAGUAGCUACCUCACUGUCUGUGUCUGGACAGUGAUGUUUGACAGAUCAUAGUGCUGCUUUGGCUCUUCCAAAAAAGAUAAAUGAACAGAACUUGCACUUGAAGAAGCCUUCUGGAUUAUAAACAGGAGCUUAAUUAAAAAAGCCAAAUUAUUCUUUAUUGACUGGUCAAGGUGUAGCUGUUCCUGCUCUAAUGUCAGUGAUAAAGCAGUGUUUGCAGGCAGUCCAGAAAGGGUUGGACAUUAUAUUCACACCAUGUACAAUGUCAAAUGGAGCAAAGCAGUGACUGCAUCUUCCUUUCUCCAUUAAGAAAGGGUUCAGCUUUCACGUGCUUUGUCUUUAAAAUAUUAUUUGAAUACAGCAAAGCAUUGUUUAGCCACAAGAGGCUAAGUUAAUAAAAUAAAACAUUUUUUA